AUGUCAGAUAUCCCCAUUGACUUUUCCGAGUUGGCUCGUUUGCCAGCGUUGGGCAUCUCGGCUCAAUCGUUGGAUUUCCGGUCCACAACUUUGGAAUCUGAUAAAUAUGUCUGUGUUCGAGAACAGGGCCCUCAAGGCAACACCGUGGCCAUCAUAGAUCUCCAAAAUGGUAACGAAGUAACCAGGAAGAACAUGAGUGCAGACAGCGCCAUCAUGCAUCCGUCUCAGUUUGUUAUCUCGCUCCGGGCCAAUGGAACCACGGUUCAAAUAUUCAACUUGGGAACGAAACAACGACUCAAGUCAUUCACCAUGUCUCAGCCGGUUGUGUUUUGGCGGUGGUUGACACCCGAGGUGCUUGGUCUCGUUACUGAGGACUCCUUGUAUACGUGGCAGGUUUUUGAUGGCACCAAUGAUGGUCCUGUUAAGUUGACUGAUCGUCACCAUUCGCUUAACAAUGCGCAGAUCAUCAGUUUUGUCGCCGAACCAGCGCUCAAUUGGUAUGCUGUAACUGGUAUUGCCCAGGAAAACGGUCGGAUUGCUGGUCAUAUCCAGCUUUUCUCCAAAUCUCGUAACGUUUCUCAAGCAAUUGAGGGCCAUGUGUCCAAGUUUGCUGAAAUCAAAUUGAACGGCGCUCCUCACCCUACCAAGGUGUUCUGUGUGGGUAACAAGAACGCUAAUGGCGAGGGUAACUUGCACAUCAUCGAGAUCGACCACCCUGAAGGAAAUCCACCUUUCCAGAAAAAACUGGUGGACAUUUACUUCCCAGCCGAUGCCGCCAGCGACUUCCCCAUCUCGUUGCAGGCGCUGAACAAGUAUGGAAUCAUCUAUAUCCUCACCAAGUAUGGUUUUAUUCACUUGUACGAUAUCGAAACAGGUACCAAUCUCUUUGUCAACCGGAUUUCUUCCGAUCCUGUGUUCACUGCCUCGGCCUAUAAUGAGGGCACAGGUAUAAUUGCCAUCAACAAGGCAGGUCAGGUGUUGUCCGUCGAGGUGGCACGCGAAAAAAUCGUGCCUUAUGUGCUUGAAAAGUUGUCAAACGUCAGUUUGGCUCUCGCUCUUUCCCUGCGUGGAGGUUUCCCUGGUGCUGAAAACUUGUUCCAGCAACAAUUCCAAAACUUUUUAAACCAAGGCGAUUACACCAAUGCUGCUAAAGUUGCAGCUCUGAGUGAUCAAUUGCGUACUCAGGACACUAUCAAUAAGUUGAAACACAUUACUCCUCAACCGGGUCAAAUCUCUCCAAUCUUACAGUACUUCUCCACAUUGUUGGACCGCGGUACCUUGAACAAGUACGAAAGUAUUGAAUUGGCAAAGCCUGUUCUUCAACAAGACCGCAAACCAUUGUUUGAGAAAUGGUUGAAGGAAGAAAAGUUGACCUGUUCUGAAGAAUUGGGUGACAUUGUCAAGUCAUACGCAGAUGCUGCAUUGGCUUUGGCUGUGUAUAUCCGCGCCAACAACCACAUCAAGGUUGUAUCAUCGUUAGCUGAGUUGGGCCAGUUUGACAAGAUUUUGCCAUAUUGUGAACGAGUCAAUUAUCAUCCUGAUUUCACUCACCUUAUUCAAAACUUGGUUCGAGUCAACCCUGACAAAGCCUCCGAAUUUGCCACCCUGCUUUUAGCAAGCCCUGAGACCAAAUUGGACGUUGAAAAUAUUGCUGAUCUUUUCUUCUCCCAAAACUAUAUCCAACAAGGUACUGCUUUCUUGUUAGAUGCCUUGAAAAAUGAUUCACCCUCAGAAGGUCAUUUGCAAACGAAGGUUUUGGAGACCAAUUUAAUCCAUGCCCCACAGGUUGCCGAUGCCAUCUUGGGAAAUCAAAUGUUUUCUCAUUACGAUAAACCCACAAUUGGCAAGCUUUGUGAAAAACUGGGCUUGUUUCAAAGAGCUUUGGAGCAUUAUGACGACCUCAAGGACAUCAAGCGAGUUAUUGUGCACACCAACGUCUUGCCUAACGACUGGUUGGUUCAAUACUUCGGUCAGUUGAACGUCCAACAAUCCGUCGCUUGUAUCAAGGAGCUUUUGAGCAAUAACAUGAAACAGAAUUUGCAAGUGGUUAUUCAGGUGGCCACCAAGUAUUCUGAUUUGAUUGGUCCAUUGACUCUUAUCAAAAUCUUUGAAGAGUUCAAGUGUAACGAAGGAUUGUAUUAUUACUUAUCUUCCAUCGUCAACAUCACUCAGGAUCCUGAUGUAGUCCUCAAAUACAUUCAGACUGCUGCCAAGAUGAACCAAGCAAAGGAAAUUGAGAGAGUUGUGCGUGACAAUAAUAUUUACAAUGGGGAGAAGGUUAAGAACUUUUUGAAAGAGGCUAAAUUGGAAGACCAAUUACCUUUGAUCAUUGUAUGUGACAGAUUCAACUUUGUUCAUGACUUGAUUUUGUAUUUGUACAAAAAUCACUUUUUCAAGUUUAUCGAGGUCUACGUGCAACAGGUGAACCCUACUAACACUCCUCAAGUGGUCGCUGGGUUAUUGGACGUUGACUGUGACGAAAACAUCAUCAAGGGGCUUCUCGCAUCAGUUAUCGGACGAGUACCAAUCAAGGAACUUGUGGCAGAAGUUGAGAAGAGAAACAGACUCAAGAUCUUGCUUCCUUUCUUGGAGAAAACUUUGGAAGGUGGAUCCACUGAUCAAGAGGUUUUUAAUACUUUGGCAAAGAUUUACAUCGAUUCCAAUAACAGCCCUGAAAAAUUCUUACAGGAGAAUGACAACUACGAUACUUUGGCAGUUGGUAAGUACUGUGAAAAGCGAGACCCCUACCUCGCCUACAUUUGUUACUCUAAGGGUUCCAAUGAUGAUGAAUUGAUUGCAAUCACCAAUGACAAUAAGAUGUACAAGUAUCAGGCAAGGUACUUGUUGUCUAAAUCUGACUUCGCAUUAUGGAGCAAGGUUUUGACAAGUGACAACACUCACAGAAGACAAUUAGUCGAUCAAGUUAUUUCCACUGGAAUUCCUGAAUUGAAUGAUCCGGAACCUAUUUCAAUUACCGUGAAGGCUUUUAUGGAGAAUGACAUGCAAGAGGAAUUGAUCGAAUUGUUGGAAAAAAUCAUCUUAGAGCCAUCUCCAUUCAAUGACAACACGUCGUUGCAAGGUUUGUUAAUCCUUACAGCCAUUAAAGCUGAUCCAUCUCGUGUGCUGAACUAUAUUGAGAAGCUUGAUAAGUUUGACCCACAAGAGAUUGCUCCCUUGUGUGUUGACAACCAGUUGUACGAGGAGGCUUUUGAAGUAUAUGAUAAGUUUGAAAUGAGAAAUGAAGCUAUGAAGGUUUUGGUCGAGGACAUCAUGUCGUUGGAUCGUGGAGAGCAAUACGCUGAGAAAUACGACACUUCGGAUUUGUGGUACCAAUUGGGUACUGCUCAAUUGAACGGUUUGCGGGUUCCCGAAGCUAUUGACUCUUACGUCAAGUCGAAAAAUCCUGAAAACUAUGAGCAUGUUAUUGAAAUCGCUGAACAUGCAGGUAAGGAGGAGGAAUUGAUAGCAUUCUUGGAAAUGGCCAGAGAGACAUUGAGAGAAAGUGUCAUCGAUGGAGCCAUGAUCAACUGUCUUGCUAACUUGAACAAGUUGGACGAGAUAGACAAGUUUGUUGCUGGUCCAAAUGUGGCAGACUUGGAAGCAAUUGGUGAUAAAUUAUUUGCUGCUAAGAACUACAAGGGCGCCAAGAUCUUGUACUCCAACGUUUCCAAAUACUCGAAGCUUGCCACGACUUUGGUCUACUUGGAAGACUAUCAAGGAGCUGUUGAUUGUGCCAGAAAGGCUUCCAAUAUCGACGUAUGGAAGAAGGUGAAUGCUGCUUGUAUCGAGAACAAGGAAUUCAGAUUGGCACAAAUUUGUGGUUUGAACUUGAUUAUCGAUGCUGAAGAACUUCCUGAGUUGGUCAGAACCUAUGAACACAACGGAUAUUUCAAUGAAUUGAUCGCAUUAUUCGAGAGUGGUUUAGGUUUGGAGCGUGCCCACAUGGGUAUGUUCACAGAAUUGGCUAUUUUGUACAGUAAGUACAGCCCAGAGAAGGUGAUGGAGCACUUGAAGUUGUUCUGGUCCAGAAUUAACAUUCCUAAAGUGUUGACAGCCUGUGAGGAAGCACACUUGUAUCCCGAGUUGAUCUUCUUAUACUGUCAUUACGAGGAAUGGGACAAUGCUGCAUUGACCAUGAUCAAGAGAUCUGAAGUUGCUUUUGAUCACUCAUCCUUCAAGGAGAUUAUUGUCAAGGUUCCAAACUUGGAAAUCUACUACAAGGCAAUCAACUUUUACAUGAAUGAAAACCCAUCACUUUUAGUGGACUUGUUGGCAGUCUUGACCCCCAAGUUAGACUUGCCUAGAGUUGUUCGCAUGUUCGUCAAGUCUGACAACUUGCCAAUGAUCAAACCGUUCUUGAUUUCCGUCUUGGAGAAGAACAACUCGGUAGUAAACGGUGCUUACCACGACUUGUUGAUCGAAGAGGAAGACUACAAGUCGUUGAAAGCUGCUGUUGAAAAUGAGUCGUGCAACAGAUUCAACUCUUUGGAUUUGGCAGAGAGAUUGGAGAACCACAAGAUCAUCUUUUUCAGACAAAUCUCCGCCACUCUUUAUGCCAAGAACAAGAAGUAUGCCAAAGCUAUUUCCAUCUUGAAGAGUGACAAGUUAUGGGCGGAUCUUCUCAAAACUGCUGCCAUAUCAAAAUCCACCAAGAUUGCCCACGAAUUGUUGGAUUACUUUGUGGAGACAGGAAACCACGAAUGUUUCGUUGCAUUGUUGUACGUUUGUUAUGAUUUGAUUGAGUUCGACUAUGUUCUCGAGUUGUCGUGGCUCCACGACUUGAGUAAUUUCGUCAAGCCAUACGAGAUCUCGAUUGCAUAUGAGAACCGCAAGCGUAUGGACGAAUUGUAUGCUGAUUUGCAGAAGAGAAAGGCUGCUGAGCAGGAGGAUGAGGAAACUCCCACUGGACAACCUUUGAUGAUUACAAACGGACCCGUUGGAGGUCUUGGUUAUCAACCAACCGGAGCUGGUUUUGGUAACGCCUUUUAA